AUGGACGCUAAGUUAGAUGCACGUCAAGGACAAUUUCCGGCUUCAUUUCCGGAUACAUUUAAGGACUUUUUCGCUGUUAUGAGCGAAGAUGAAGAUCAUCUUGAUUUGUUUUCAAAUUUGCUGGAAGAUAAGGUGAUACCACAUCACAACAACGUCGGCCACACCACGGCAAGUAGUAGUAGUGGUAACAGGUUCAUGCAACGCCGCCACGGCGGUAGUCUCCGUUGUCCUACACAUCCACACAGUGCCACCGGCGAAAGUGCCAGCCACACUGUCGGCCGUUCGAGUUCAUUUCGCGUGCACCGACCACGCAAUCCGGCAGCUACAUAUGUCAGCAGUGGUAGAAGUAGUGGUAGUUGUGGUGGUGGUGGUGGUGGUGGCAUAAGUAGUAGUAGCAGUAUUAUAACGAUCAAUAGCAUAGGACCCAGUGCUGCGCACAGCAUCGGCAGUGGACGUAGUACGGGUAGUGGUAGUAGUGGUGCCGGCGGCGGCAGUGGCGAUUGCAAUAGCGGUAAUAACAAUGGCAACUUGUUUUGCAAGCACAUCAAAUAUUGUUGUCUCCACCAACAACAGCCGCAACUGCCUACAAUACCAGCUGCCGCGACGCCGCAUCUGCAUCAGCAUCCGCAACAACAGUCACAACCGCAGCAACAACAACCAACUAUGCCGACACAGUCAAAAUCACCGCAUAAGCAUCGUAUGCAACAACAACAGCAAAUAAAAUCGGCAACAACUGUGCCCACAGCAGCAGCAACUGGUCAUUACCUACAACACACACACCACUAUCAGCCGUCAGGUGGCUCAUCAUACACAGCGGAUUAUACCAAUGAGAUUAGUGGCAGUGUGCGUUUGGGACCCGAUGGCGAGGACAACAGUGGCGGUGAUGGCAGCAAGGAUCGGCAUUUAUAUUCUACACAACAACAUCAUCAUCAACAACAACAUCAGCAACAACAACAACACCAGCAGCAACAACAACAACGUGCAGCUGCGUUACAAAAACGACAUUCGGUGAUAUUGGAGCGAGCGUUCGAUUUUGAUGCCAGCUGCGAGGAAAGUGAUACGAUAAGCACUCCCUCCUCGACGCCAACACCCGCUGACUUGCCUUUACUGCCGCCCGUGCAACCGCCGAGUAACCCUACGCCUGUAUUGAAGCCAAUUCUAAAGAAGCCUUCAACAACUUCCACACAAUAUCAGCAAAUGCACACGCAACAACAACAACAACAGCAAAUGCAACUAAAUACAUUAAAAUCCACUGGGACAACAACAGCAAGUGCCACGCCAUCGACUGUCUGUUGCAAGGAACAAAUGUUGCCGCAUCGCACACUGCCACAACCACCAAAAGGGCGCGGCUUUGGCGCUUACCACACCAAAGAGGCCGUGCUGCAGCGUGUGCAACAACAGAGCGGCCUACUUACCGGCAGUCGCACAAAUCUCAAUACGUUAAGUGGCAUGUUAGGAUCAGCGAUAAAUCUCGCCGGCAUCGGAGGUGGUCUCUGUGCGAACGCCAACACGAGUUUCGGCAAUAACUCGACGUCAGCGGCGGGCGCGGCGACGGCGGCAGCAUCUUGUGCUACGGCGUCCCUGGAAAUGACAUGCGCAGGUGGCGUGGGCGAGUGUAUUAGCAAUAAUGGCGGCACUGAACUGCGCUACAGCAGCAGUAAUUACAACUUUGAUGCAGCAGCAGCCAAACCGGCCGCUACGGCAAUUGCUCAAAGUGGUAUUGUUGGCGCGGGCGAGCUGUGCGGUGCUGAACUUAAAAUGACAUUGGCGGGCACACCCACUUGUGGCGCGAACGUUGUUAUUGCCGCGGCACCCACCACCAACAACACCGUCACCGCUAGCGCUAGCGCUAACGCUGGCAAAAACAUGUUUUACAUGGAUCUACACACCGCGCCACACCCAAAGACAUCAACAUCGGUAAAUAAAUUCAGCGAUAUAUUAAAUGCGGCCAGCGCUAGUUUUGUCAAUGCCGCUGCAGCGCCGGCUAUUGGUGCGAGCACUAACGGUGGCAACAGUAAUCAUAACGGUGUUUUAACUACAGCUGCUGCUGCUGCUGCUGCAUCAUUGGGUUCGACGGGUCGCAGCAAUGUCAGUACUAAACGAGUUCAAAAAUCGCCAUUGCUCACGCGGCGACGCUCUUCAUCGAUCGUUACAAAUCUCUUAGCAUCGGAUUAUAAUCGCGUUGAAAGCACAACACUUGCCGAUAUAACAAAUUUAAGAAAUCAUCAUCAUGUCACAGCAGCAAUGGAGGGCAGUACAAUGAAUUUAACGCAUAGCGGCACACGUGACCGCAUCACGUUGGCAAAAUCACCUGUAAGCGGCAAACCGACACGCCUACCCUCACUGCACUCCAUCGGCAUCGAAAGCACCGGAAGUGGCAGUGGCAGCGGCAGUAGUGCUGGUGUGCUCACCUUUCAACAGGCCAUGUCCGGUGCUGUCUCGCCACAGUAUUCUUCAACCACACCGCUACUCUUCGGCGCAAGCGGCAGCGGCGGUAUUGGCGGCAGUAUUGCCACAAAUAUGGAUUUACUAUGUGGCUCAUCGUCGGCGCUCGCCUCUGUGUUGGAGGACACAGCAGCAAGUGUUGGGGAAAUGAUCAAUACGGAUACGCUACAAACGGGUGACUCGCCUACUAUGCAACUUCAACAACAACAACAACAACAAUAUCAUCAUCAUCAUCAGCAGCAGCAGCAGCAGCAGCAACAACUACAACAUAACAACAACGGCAAUGGUUUGAAUGAUAGUCAGUAUGAUUUAGAUGUCAUCGAAAGCGGCAUUGGUGGUGUAGGCGCAGUGGCAAAUGUGAGCCCAAGUGGUGUUCAACGUACUGCCUCCAAUAUACUGCAUAGUAGCUCAGCGACCAUUGCACAGCUGCAGGGUAGUCGUCAGCGACAACGGAUGCGCACCUCCAGUAUGCCAGCGGAGAGUAGAAAGCCACGUCUCGCCGAUACGCGACGUGCGGCAAUACAUUGUGCCGACCUCGAUUUGGAAUAUUAUCGCUUGCGGAGUUUCAGCAUCACGUCGCAUGGUGUAUGCAAUUUGGGUGAUUCCCUGCGAAGCCGCCGAUCACGUUCAAUCAAUUCAGUCACAUCGACGGGCACUUCGAAUAGCGGCAAGGACCAUCGGAACAACAGCAAUGCAUCACAUAUAUCCGGCGAAAAUAUUUUUGAGUCUACAGAGAAACAGGAUGCCAGCAAAGUGCCGAUACCCGCCUAUAAAAUUGCAAUGCUUGGCGCUUCUGGUGUUGGUAAAACGACAUUAACCUAUCAAUUUACAACAUCCGAUUAUAUUUGUGCCUACGACCUGAGUUUGGAUGACGAUUACGGUCAAAAGACAGUAUCUGUGCUUGUUGACGGCAUUGAAACGGACUUGGAAAUUAUCGAUCAUCCUGCUUGCGAAAUGUCGACGGAAGCCUUUUGUUCGACUUACAACAUCGAUUUAUUUGUUGUUGUAUACUCAGUUGUGGAUAGAAAUUCCUUUAAAGCAGCUGAAAAGGUUUUGCAAUAUUUGAAAGAGCAUGAAAUGUUGCUGACACGUGGUGCUAUUUUAGUUGGCAAUAAAACGGAUUUAGAGCGACAUCGUGAGGUUAACCGGCAAGCUGGUCGGAAACUUGCAAAAGAGAUUUGUUGCAAAUUUAUCGAAACCUCGUCGGGACUUGAUCACAACGUUAACGAGCUGCUCGUCGGUAUAGUAGCACAGUCCAAAUUGAAUCCACAGCGUAUACGUAAUCUGAGCGAACGUGAUCGCCAACGCCUUAGUCUACAAAGUGCGAUACAAAAACAUCGUCAUAUGCAUAUAGCACCACGUCGCAUGGUGCGACAAGUAUCCAUGUAUCAUGCUGAAGACGAUGACGAUGAUGCACUGGAUAACGACAACAACGGAACGGCCAAUAGAGCUGGUGGUGCCGAAAUUGCUGAUGAAAAUCAACCCAUUGCUGAUGAAGGCAUUGGCAACGGCAGUGAUCGUACCGUGAGUACAAGCCUCUCCUCCACCGGUGGCAUACCUACUAAAAUGCCAACCACAAAACAUUAUGUACAACGCACAAACAAACGUACACUAAAUUUGGAAAGCAUUCUUAAGAUGGGUGAGAGUGAAUUGGAAGAUGAGGAGGAAGCGACACAACGACUUGCCGCACCUUUUAAACAACAGCAACAACAACAGCAAGCAAGACCUUUAAGUAAAUUUGAUUUACUUAUGUCGGGUGGCAAAGGCAGUUUGAAUUCGUCACCGAAAAGUCGUCGCUUUUAUAGCGGUGGUGCUGUGAGUAGUGCCAUCGGUGCCUUUACUGGGGCCAGACGUUGUGUUAGUGAUGGUUCGACCAACGAUAACAACUGUACUGAGAGCAACGAUCAAUUGCUGGACGAGAGUAAUCGCAAAACAGUAUCGAAGUUAACGAAUCGUACAAAAGUGUUUCUCUCAUCGGUGUUGAAGUUCAAGAAGGCAGUGAAUAUGCGACGUAGAAACUCUUCAAGCUGUAGUGAUCUCUUCGUUAUAUAAGAGUAAAGAAAUUAAGGUCGGGAGAUAUCGAAAUUGUGUCUAAAUGGGCGAGACUUGAAAAAAUAAAACCGGUUCGCUUAUGAAA